AUGGCUUCAUCACAAUCCAUGAGAGCCCUCGCCCGGGCCGGCCCAUUGGGUCCCAGCGGCGUUGUCGCAUCACGAGCCUUCUCUACCGCUACGAGGUCAAUGAUGCUGCGAUCAGCGGCCAGGCCCUCCGCGACCAUGAAGCUCGCCCACUCGGGCCGCAUUGCCUUCCGCAGAGCCUACGCCGACGAGGCUCCCAAGCCCAAGCCUGGCAAGCUGCGCCGGACCUUCAGAUGGGCCUGGAGACUGACCUACCUGUCUGCGCUGGGCCUCGUUGGCUACACUGCCUACGACAUCUACGUGGACCGCCACCCCGAUGAGCAGUUCAAGCCCGACCCCAACAAGAAGACGCUUGUCAUUCUGGGAACUGGAUGGGGAUCCGUUGCCCUCCUCAAGAAGCUCGAUACCGAAAACUACAACGUCGUCGUAGUCUCUCCCCGCAACUACUUCCUCUUCACGCCUCUUCUGCCGUCAUGCACCACCGGCACCAUCGAGCACCGCUCCAUCAUGGAGCCGGUCCGCCGCAUCCUCCGCGGCAAGAAGGCCGUCGCCAAGUUCUUUGAAGCCGAGGCCACCUCUGUUGACCCCGAGCGCAAGGUCGUGCGCAUCGCAGACAACUCCGAGAUCAAGGGCGCUACUUCGGAGACUGAGAUCCCCUACGACAUGCUUGUUGUGGGCGUUGGCGCGGAAAACGCCACCUUUGGCAUCCCCGGUGUCCGCGAGAACAGCUGCUUCCUCAAGGAGAUUGGCGACGCCCAGCAGAUCCGCAAGAAGAUCAUGGACUGUGUUGAGACGGCCGCCUUCAAGGAUCAGACCCCCGAGGAGGUUGACCGUCUGAUGCACAUGGUCGUUGUUGGCGGUGGCCCCACUGGUGUCGAGUUCGCUGGCGAGCUUCAGGACUUUUUCGAGGAGGACAUCAAGAAGCUGGUCCCUGACAUCAGCCCCCGCUUCAAGGUUACCCUCAUCGAGGCCCUGCCCAACGUUCUUCCCAUGUUCUCCAAGACUCUGAUCGACUACACCGAGAACACUCUUCGCGAGGAGAAGAUUGACAUCAAGACCAAGACCAUGGUCAAGCGUGUCACUGACAAGACCGUCGAGGCCGAGGUUUCCCGUCCCGACGGAACCAAGGAGCGUGUUGAGAUCCCUUACGGUCUGCUUGUCUGGGCCACCGGAAACGCCGUCCGCCCCAUCGUCAAGGACCUGGCCAGCAAGAUUCCCGCUCAAAAGGACUCGCGCCGUGGUCUCGCUGUCAACGAGUACCUUGUCGUACAGGGCACCCGCGACAUCUGGGCCAUUGGCGACUGCGCCGUCGCUGGCUACGCCCCUACCGCUCAGGUUGCCUCACAGGAAGGUUACUUCCUUGGUAAGCUGUUCAACAACAUGGCCAAGACUGAGAACCACGAGGAUCGCAUCGCGGAGCUGAGCGGCAAGCUGAACAUUGCCGGCGGCAACUCUGCCGAGGCUUCCCAGGAGAUUGAGCUCUUGGAGAGACAACUCAAGAAGAUUCGCGACAUCAAGCCUUUCAAGUACAGUCACCAGGGAAGCUUGGCCUACAUUGGCAGCGACAAGGCCGUCGCCGACGUCAGCUGGUGGAACGGCAACCUUGCCACCGGUGGUAGCGUCACCUACCUCUUCUGGAGAAGUGUCUACCUCUCCAUGUGCUUCAGCCCACGAAACCGUGUUCUGGUCCUUUUGGACUGGCUCAAGUCCAAGGCUUUCGGUCGUGACGUCUCCCGAGAGUAG